CUUUUCUCUCCGCCAUCCUCGUCAAUGGCUAACGGCAGCAGUGCCCCGAAGAAUCCCCGCGCGUGGGAAGCUCUCACGCCAUCACUCUCACAAUGGAUUCUCGAUGCCGUUUCAGCUAUGGGAUUCAGCCGCAUGACGCCUGUACAAGCGUCGGCCAUACCCUUGUUCAUGGGAAAUAAAGACGUUGUUGUGGAAGCUGUCACAGGAAGUGGGAAGACUAUGUCCUUUUUGAUACCCGUUGUUGAGAAACUAUUACGGCUGGACUCUGCUGUGAAAAAGCAUCAUGUUGGAGCUAUAAUAGUAUCACCUACUCGCGUGCUUCUCUCGCUUCUCGCUUUCCAUGGCCCUUCGGCGUCGAAGCUUGCCCAACUAGACGGAAAAGAACCACAAUUAGAUCCUGAGACGGGGAAGCCGUACAGGUCCUCUACGCUCUCAGUAAUUCCUCAAUUACUGCUAGGAGGAACUACGACACCUGCACAGGACCUUAGUGUCUUCCUCAAGCGCUCGCCGAACCUCCUCAUUUCGACCCCGGGCAGGCUGCUAGAACUUCUGUCAUCUCCACAUGUACACUGCCCUCAAUCUUCGUUUGAAGUGCUAGUUCUCGAUGAGGCAGACCGUCUCCUAGAUCUCGGGUUUAAAGAUGACCUACAAAAGAUCCUCGCCAGGCUACCGAAGCAGAGGCGAACCGGUUUAUUCAGUGCUAGCGUCAGUGAGGCUGUGGACCAAAUAGUACGUGUUGGAUUGCGAAAUCCAGUCAAAAUUGCCGUCAAAGUCCGUGGGGCUGGUGCAGAGGAUAAAAGGACUCCAGCUAGUCUCCAAAUGACAUAUCUUGCGACUCGCCCUUCUCAUAGAAUCCCUGCUCUAUCCAAACUUCUCUCAUCUAUCUCUCCAACCCCCCAGAAAUCCAUCAUCUACUUCUCUACUUGUGCGGCCGUGGAUUACUUUAGCCUAGUUCUCCCUUCCCUAUUACCAUCUUCAUUCACCACUGUUCCUCUACACGGAAAACACGCCCCCAACGUUCGUCAGCGGAAUUUCACCCGUUUCACCCAAUCUGUGACUCCCACAAUCCUCCUUACCACUGACGUUGCUGCUCGAGGACUCGAUAUACCCAUGGUCGACCUGGUAGUACAGCUUGAUCCACCCACGGAUCCAAAGGUAUACAUCCACAGAUGUGGACGCGCUGGUCGCGCUGGCCGUCGUGGAUUGAGCGUUCUAUUUCUCACUACCGGCAGGGAAGAAGAUUAUAUACCCUUUCUCGAUGUCAGAAAGACACCAGCUGCCCCCUUCUCCACUCCACCUAUAAUAACGACAGAUGCCGAGGCACAGGAUGCAACGGAAACUAUUCGCCGCACUGUUUUAGCUGAUAGAGCAGUACAUGAUAAGGGGCAACGUGCAUUUGUCAGCUGGGUACGGAGUUAUAGCAAACACCAGACUAGCAGUAUAUUCCGUAUAGCCGAUAUCGACUGGGAAGACACCGGUCGGUCCUGGGGGCUGCUUAAUUUACCGAAAAUGCCUGAGUUGAAAGACUUUAAGGGGGAUAAAAUGCUGGGACUCGGCCCGGAGGGAGUGAACUGGGACACCUUUGCCUACAAGGAUAAGCAAAAAGAGAAGAGCAGGCUUGCUGCUCUAGCCGAACUCAAGGAAAAAGGAGAAGGAGCUCGGCCAUCCAAAAAACGUGCAGCUGCGCCAGGAGAAAAUAGCACGGUGGCUUGGAGCAAACAGCUGGAGAAAAAGGGUGAGAAGGAGCGGAAGCGUGAGAGCAAGCGGGUGAAGAGAGAACAAGCUAAACUUGAAGCCAUGACUGAGGAUGAGAAGGCAGAACUACAGCGCACUAACGAGAUGCUGGAAAAGGUGCGCUUGGCGAAUAUAGAGGCUCGAAAGAUGAAUUCUGCUACCUCGAAACAGAAAAAAACGGAGUCUCAUAUUAGUGAUGCUGUAGAUGAUGAUGAGCCUUUUGAAGGCUUUGAUUGA